AUGAGGCAAAAAGACGGAGAGAGGUUUGCUGAUUUUAUGCUGCGUUUACGCCAGCAGGCUUCAGAUUGUGGGUUCGACAAAUAUUCGAACGAGAUCCGAGAAGUGUUGACCGACAUAUUUCUGACGGACGCAGUAGUAGAAGGCUGUGCGUCCGUGGAACUGCGACGUCGUAUUCUACAGCAAGACCGUUCACUUGCGGAGAUAGAGUCUUUGGGAGUCGCCUUAGAAAGCAUCGAAAUUCAAGUUAAGAAUUUGAAUGGAAGUGCUAAAGAUGUCACAAAUGGUCAACAAGCUUUCAAGAUAACAGCUGCAAGCAAGGGAGGCCAUGAUAAAAUUCCACAAAAUACACGUCGCAAUCCGAGGAAGUUUAACCAUCCGCGUGACCCUCAGUCUUUUUCAAAGGUUUACCGUUGUUACAACUGUGGUCGUCGCGAUCACAUCUCUACAGACAGAAGAUGUCCGGCACGUAACAUCGUGUGCCAUGGAUGUAAAGUGACUGGCCAUUUCGAGUCUUGUUGUCGGCUGCGAGGUUCUAAGAAGAAAUCUUCGUUCGAUAAAGAUCGUGUUCGCGCCGUAGAAGAGGACAAAGCGGCAGAUCCACCAGUUCAGCACAACUCUGAAAAGACGUAUUACGCCUUCUAUUCAGGAAAUGAUACCAACGUACUUUCCUGUGAAGUGGGUGGAGUAAAAGUGGAUCUUUUGGUUGAUUCAGGCUCCGAUGCAAAUCUGAUUCCGGAUACAGUUUGGGAAAAUUUGAAACAGGCUAAGAUCACAGUACGCCAGUGUACGAAAGGAAGUGCCCGGAUCCUCAAGGGUUACGCAAGUGAUUCGCCGUUGCCCAUAUUAGGCACAUUUGUGGCAGAUGUCAAGGUUGGAAAUAAAUCGACAGCUGCAGAGUUUUACGUUGUGAAAGGUGGACAACGAUCCCUACUCGGUGACAGAACAUCCAAAGAGCUGGGAAUCUUGAAAGUUGGACUGGAUGCCUACCACGUAACGAAUGAUGUCAAAGCGUUUUCAAAGAUAAAAGAUAUCCAGGUUCACAUCCAUAUGGACCCAAAUUCGAAGCCUGUAUUCCAGCCAAUACGUCGGGUUCCAAUUCCUCUCGAAGAUGCCGUAAAUAGGAAACUAGAGCAGCUGCUGAUCAAGGACAUCAUCGAGGUGAAGCAAGGUCCAGCCUCCUGGGUAUCGCCACUUGUUGUCGUUGGGAAACACAACGGUGAACCCCGAAUCUGCUUAGAUUUGCGCCGAGUCAACGAAGCGGUCCUUCGUGAGAGACAUCCGAUGCCGGUCGUCGAUGAAUACAUAGCCAGACUGGGCAAAGGGAGAUUUUGGAGCAAGCUGGACAUCAAGGAUGCCUUUCUGCAGGUAGAGCUAGCACCGGAGUCGCGGGAUGUGACAGUGUUCAUCACAAACAAAGGGCUGUUUCGGUUCAAAAGACUUCCUUUUGGUCUCGUCACUGCACCCGAGUUGUUCCAAAAGGUGAUGGAUCAAAUACUGGCGGGCUGCGAAGGAACGUGUUGGUAUUUGGACGAUGUCAUGAUCGAAGGAAGUUCGCGAGAGGAGCAUGAUGAGCGGCUGAAAGAGGUACGUUGA